UUGAUUUUUAGCAACAGUGGAAUCAGGAACGAGAACCAAAAACUCCUCUCUCACACACACAUACAGCUUUUGAAUCCACGACAAGUCACCAUCAUUGCAAAAAUUCAAGAAUUCCGAAGAGAUGAAAAGCCGACUGUCUUCGUUUGAUGAAGGAGAGGAAGAUGAGUAUGGGUUAUCAAAAAUGGUUCAUUGUUGGUGGCGUUCAGCUGCCAAGUUUGAUGAAUGUGUCAAGCUCAAGUUUGACCUCCCAAACGUCUCAAGCCUAACACCUAGGCUUAAAGUGCUAAGGGAGAUGGAAAGGUUGGCUUUGGUGGCACCUGAUGGGCUGAACGAGCUUCGGCACAAGCUUUUCACGUAUCGUUCUGGUGAUUUUUGGGUGCCUACGGGGGGGAUCAACAAGGAAGACAUGGACAUUCCUCCAACUAUUACAAUUCUCUUGCUGGGUUUUACUGGUUCAGGCAAAAGCUCACUCGUGAACCUUAUGUACAGUGUUCUUGGGCGCUCUGGACUUAUACCAUUCGUUCAAACAUCACUAGGGAGUUCUUCCGAUUUCACGUCUAUGCUUAUGAAAGAGCAUAAUGUGUUGAGGUCUAUGCAAAGCGGGUUUUGUGUGUAUGAUUCAAGGGGCUUUAAUUAUGAUGAAAUGGGUGAGAAUCUUGAAGAAUUGUCGAGUUGGAUGACUGAUGGUGUUCAUCAUAAUCAGCUAUGCUUAAGGUUGGGAGAUGAUGCAUUGAACAAUGAUGAUAUGGAAAAUCACUCCAUGACUUCAUCUUCAAGAUUCCUCAAAAGGAGAGUGAACUAUGCAAUGGUGGUGGCUAAUAUAGCAGAGAUCUAUGGAGCUUCAAAAGCAGGUGAUUUCAAGCCACUGGAGGCCAUCAGAGAACUCUUGUGCUGUCCUGUUCUUAAAAAAACCAAUGAGAACCCUCUACUGAUCUUAACACACGGAGACAUGUUAUCGACAGAGGAGAGGAUCGAGGGCCGGCUAAAGAUAUGUGAAUGGCUAGGUGUGUCAGAGACAACUGGGGUGUAUGAUAUUGUGUGCCUCACACAGUAUGGAUAUCUUGCAGAAGAAUCAGACCCUGUCACAGCCUAUGCCUUAUCUGAAGCUGUUUAUAGAGCGUUGCUUGUAUCAGAUAGGGGUCACUUUCCGAAGAAAGAUAUGUGGGACUGGGCAGUGCUCAUAUUGUCGUGGCUAAUGUGCUUCUUUGCAACUUUCUUCGCUUUCCUGGCUGAUGUUUGCUCCAAACUCGGGCAGAGGAAUAAACUGUUGUGAAUGAUAUUGGUGUCUAGUAGGAAGUAUUCGUUGGUGUUUGAUAGACUGAUGCGUCUUUCGCUGUUUGGUGUUUGCAUUGCUGACUAGGUGAGUUUUGAGAUUGGCUAACUCAAUGACUUUGUGUAAAUGUAACAUUCUAGCACAAAAUAUAGUCUAACUUAGCUUCUCUUUGAUCUAACUUAGCUUCUCUUUGAUCCCAAGAGUCGAUAACUUCAAUUCGUGUUGCUAGUAAUGAAAUAACCAAGGCUAUUCUUGUAUUUGAAUUUAAAUGGUGAGGCUGUUCAUGCCAA